AUUUCAACGUUUCUGCACAACUUCGAGUCCAAAACCAUUAAAGAGUUGAUAUGAUAUUGUAUAAGUGACCUCAAGAGGCAAGGAUGUCGUCUACGAACAAGAAGCGACAAGGAGAUGGAAUACGUGCUCCUCAUAGCAAGGCCAAGACUGGAUGCCGCACGUGCAAAACUCGAAGAGUCAAAUGUGACGAAAGCAGACCAACGUGAGUGGCAACUAGGAAACUACUUGUCAUCCUCCCCUUUUGGCGAGUCAAAUGUACACAUUCGCUCAACGUCUGGGAACUGAUCGCUCGAUCAUCAGGUGCAAACGAUGUCAGACAUUCGGAGUUCACUGCGAUGGGUACGAUAUAGUUGUUUCGUCGAAAAAACCGCGGCCCAAGGAUCUUCGUCCUCUUGUUCCAAUGGCCCGAACAGAGACAAAAGCAUCCACUCGCGCAAAGAUUCGAAAUCCGGUCAAUGUCUAUAGACAACCCGGAUCUCCGCGAUUCGAGAACGAAAACGAAGCUCGCUAUUUCAAUUGUUUCCAUGUACAGAUAGCUCACUCUCUAAGCCGUUGCUUUGAUCCAGAAAUAUGGCCCCGGUCCUUCUUGAUGGCUUCGGAAGCCGUUUGGCCCAUUCGGAAAGGAUUGAUAGCAUUGGGUGCUCUUGAUCUUACCUCAAAAGAAGCGUUAUCGCAAAUCCGAGAGGGUCCUACGAAGGAAGGCAUCACGGAUAACUAUCUUUUCGCGCUGCAGGAGUACACACGCUUCAUCAGGGGUAUGAAGCAGGUUAUGGCUCCCGAGGACCUACGAACCCAGCUUCUUGCCUCGAUAAUUAUUAUAUGUUUCGAAUCCUAUCUUGGAGAUCCCAAGGCAGUGGAGUUCCAGGUCCGCACGUGCAUCAAAUUACUCGACCAAUGGAAGAAAAAGCAUCAGAAACCAUGGCACCACCCUCUGAAGUCUCCAGCACCGAACAUGGUCGAAGAUGAGCUCCUGCACUUGUUCGAACGGCUUGAUCUCGAAGUCAUUUCCCAAAAUGCAGCGAGAGAUUUCUCACGAGAAGAGCAUCUCAGGCUAAAAGAUGAGGGAAUCGAAGCCAUUGCAAACAUGCCGGAAGCAUUUAGUGGUAUUGACGAAGCGCGUAUGUAUGGCAACCUCUUACAUCGUCGCACUGUUCACUUUGCGAAUGCAUAUGAUGACAAAACGGCUCCUCACAUCAGCGUCUGGGAGAGAGUAUCAGCAAGCGCGACUCCCGCUGUUCUCGAUGACUUCGAGACUCAAAGAAAAGCUUGGUAUCGUUGGGGUCAAGCUUUUGAUCCCCUGUUCAAACAUUCCCUCACACCUGAAGGUGCGAGCACCUUCUUUAUAAUGUCCGUCCUACGAGCACAUUAUCUUGUCCUGCAGUUGCUGUUCGAAUCUGUAUUUCAGAAAGAUGAAGUCUUCUACGACUACUUCCACAACGACUUCGUGGAGAUGCUAGCUCUCUGCAAAGGCUUGCUUGCAAAUGAGUCUUCUAAGUUCGUUCUCAGCGCACAUACUAUUGUUGUGCUUGAUCUCGUCGCGAAGAAAUGUCGGGAUCCGGAAGUUAGACGAGAAGCUAUUAAGCUUCUUGGGGAGAAGCCUCGGAGAGAGGCAUUCUGGGAUAGUGUUAUGGCAGCCAAGAUUUGCGCGUGGAUCAUGGAGGUGGAGGAGGAAGGCAUGGUGAAUGGAUUCAUUCCAGAAGAGUCCAGGGCCAGGAAGAUAGGCGCCGAGUUCAACCUGCCGAAGAAAGAGGCGAAGAUUUGGUGUUACCAACUGAAGGAACAGGGGAGCUCGAUGGAGCUGAGGAAGAGAGAAACGACAAUAACGUGGGGAACGCCACUUGGGUCAAUGCCAUUCUACUCAGGAGGCAACUUUGGCGAAAAAUGGGAGGACUGCGCAGCAGAUAAAUCUCCCAGUCUCUUCCAAUUAUCUCCAACCGGAAGAUCACUCGUCAGGCCUUUCUAGAGCAAUUAGAUACCCUCGAUAAUUCAUCAGUCAUGAAUCUUUCAUGAAUCUUUGGUCAGACCCAAUGUCCGUCGAGACGGCCACCUCCAAUCCCAAUCACGCGAGAUCUGUCUGUACACAUCUUCUACAUGGCGAUAAGUAGCAAUAAGGUUCCAUUCAGGCUGUUAAAAACGGGAGCCUCUUGAUCACAUGACAGCGCUCAAUAUUACCCAUGAGCUCUAACUUAUGCCGGCGUGGCUAAUUUCCCCAACUUCCCCAUAUUUUACCGUGGCACAAGAACCUGAGGAAGU